AUGUCUUCAGUGCAGUCAGACUCUUCUGUAAAUUCAACCUUUGUUCAUCCGGCAACUUUUUUCAUUAAUGGCUUUUCUAACAUCCCACAUGGAAAAAAUUACUAUGUGUUUUUGUCGUUGGUGUACGCUGUUACUGUUUUUGGAAAUUCUUUUAUCAUGUGUGUCAUUUAUUUGGCUCGCAGACUUCACACGGCCAAAUACAUCGCAGUCUUUCACUUGGCUUUUUCUGAUAUGUGUGGAAGCUCAGCUUUGAUCCCAAAGCUCAUAGAUAUGUUUCUGUUUGAGCAUCAGGAUGUUUUAUAUGAAUCCUGCUUGACAAGUAUGUUUUUUAUAUAUCAUUUCAUGAACAUGCAGUCUUUAACAUUACUCGCUCUGGCUUAUGAUAGACUGAUCGCUAUUUGUUUUCCUCUGAGGUAUCAUGCCAUCGUAACCAAAACAAGCAUGUGUCUGGUCAUAGCGGUUAUGUGGAUUUUUUCUGUGACAUAUUUUUCUGUAUAUGUAAGCUUUGUGAAUAGACUUUCUUUCUGCAGAACUAAUGUAGUCAAUAGUUAUUUUUGUGAUCACGGCCCUGUCUAUAUAUUAGCUUGUAAUGAUAAUUCCAUAAAUGUUUUGAUUACAAAAUUGUCCUUUGGUCUCUUGGUUUGUUUGCCACUGAUACUCAUAAUCAUCUCAUAUGCCUGCAUUUCUCUGGCCUUGCGUAAGAUCGCACAUGGAGGUGACCGAACCAAAGCUAUGAAAACUUUAACGUCACAUCUUUUGCUGGUGGCAAUUUUUUAUCUUCCAUAUUUAAGCAUUCAUAUUCUUGGCUUUACAACAUCCUUGAACCCAAAUGUCCGGAUAAUCAACAAUUCCCUGACCCAGACAAUACCACCAAUGUUGAAUCCCAUCAUAUACACUCUAAAGACUGAAGAGGUCAUGCAAUCCAUAAAAGAUCUGUACAAACGAAACAAAGUGAAAAAUAUUACAGACAAUAAAGAGCAAAUGUAUUAG